AUGCAGAGCCGCACCUCUUCACGGGUCGUCUACCAUGCAGUGGCGGCCGAAGAAGAGGUUGAGCAACGGCCACAACCAUUGCCUGUGAUGUGCUAUGUGAUCGCUUUCCACUUUCUGUGCGCCGUGUUCUCGCUGUGGGCAGUGGCGACUGAGCAUCUGGACAUGCGGUAUGGCCUCUGCUGGGAGUUGUGGCUCGCGUGGGCGACGAUGAUGCUGCUAAGCUCUGCCUUGCAAGGCGUCUACUUUACUAUCUUCCUGCCUGCCGAAGCGGACUCUCGGAUUCCCGAAUUCGGCCUGGCGAUCGUGACGCCCGUCGUGCCAGUUCUAGGCGAGCCCCUGGACACCUUCAAAGAUUGGCUUUUCGUUGGCCUGGCGUUGUCGCAGAGGAGAUUGUACGAGCGUCAGCAGCUGAACAUUGCCCUCCCGGGCUUGAAGACCUGGCUAGCGUUUGCAGUGGCUCUGGUGGGCCUUGGCAUUCUGUGCCUCUCCGGCAGGUAUCUGUGGAGGCAUCACUCGGAAGAGUUGGCAGCUGGUCUGCUUCCAGUUCGUGCAGCGUGCUACCGACGCCACGACCACACGCUCCUGGCAAAGCUGUCCUCGCCAGCGAAGCUGGCCGUGGCCAUCACGGAGGAUCUGCCACAGGCAGCGCUCCAGUCACUCUUUGUGCUCAUCUACGGAGGUUCCGCUACGCAGUACUUUUUCAUCGUCAUCGCGUCGCUGAAGGCCUUGGCCUGCCUGCUGCUGCGAGCGACGAUCUUGGAGAACGAGGGCCGGUACAGCGAUGCCAACGAGGCACGCAUCUUCUUGUACCGCCUGAUGUCGGGCAUGGGGAGUUCAUUGCUGGGCAAGCGCAGUGAAGUUGUUCUGCAGACUCGGCACAAUCUUGCAAGGUCCUUGAGUGACCUCGGUCGCCAUGCCGAAGCUUUAGACAUGCUACGAGAGGUGCUGGCUGAUCAGCAGCAGGUGCUAGAAGCCACUCAUCCCGACACACUGCUUACCCAAAGCUAUCUUGCGCUGGUUCUGAGCCGCUUCGGUCGUCAUGCUGAAGCUCUGGAUGUGCAGCGGGAGGUGUUGUCCGCUCGUCAGGAGGUGCUGGGGGAUGCUCACCCGGACACCCUGCUGAUACAUAGCAUGCUGGCGACUUUCUUAAGCCGCCUCGGCCGCCAUGCCGAAGCCUUCGAUGUACAGAGGGAGGUUUUAUCGGCGCAGCAGGUGGUUCUGGGAGAUGAUCACCUCGAUACUUUACGGACACAGAAGAAUCUCGCCAGCUCCCUCUGCCGUCUUCAUCGCCAUGCAGAGGCUGUAGAUGUCUACCGAAAGGUUGCUGCUGCUUAUCAGCAGGUGCUGGGCGCCGCUUUAGACAUGCACCAGGAGGUCCUGGCUGCUCUGACGCAAGCCCUUGGAGUGACGCACCCCGACACUCUCCGCAGCCAGGGUCGGCUGGCGCAGUCCCUUGCUGACCUUCGUCGCCACGAGGAAGCCCUCGAGCAACAGUCUUUGAAUCUCAAAGUAAGUCCGGCAAACUGGAGGCUCUGGGACGUACUUGCCGCUCAACAGCGGACGCUUGGAGCCGCGCAUUCCGAUUCUCUGCGGACCCAAAGCAGCAUCGCAACUUCUCUAAGUGCCCUCGGCCGCCACACCGAAGCGUUGAAGAUCCACAAAGAAGUGCUGGCUGCCCGACAGCAGACGCUGGGAACUGCUCACCCGGACACGCAAAUGACCCAGAGCAGCUUGGUGCAGUGUCUGAGAGACCUGGGUCGCCACAGCGACGCAGUAGAAGUGGAGAGGUCGCCUCAUGGGCAGAACAAGUUUGUCUCCAUGGCGCCGCCCAACAUCCAGCCUUACCAGGCCUACGGUGGCGGCGGCGGCGGUGGCCAG